GAUGGCUGUCCGUCUUUCAAGAAAUUGUCCGUGUCUCUCUGUGUUUGGUUUUCUAUCGAAGUGGGGAAUCGGAAGGAGAGAGGGAGAAGGGCGGAGGGAAAUGUCAAGAAUCUUUGCUUUUGAAGCUCCCUCUCGUCUUCCCACCUUCGUUUCUUCGCGAUUUCCGAUUACCCACCUGUUCUAAUCUUUCAUAUUCUUUCCCCUAAGAAUCAUUUUCCCUGUUAUUGUUCAAUCUCCCAGCUCUCUUUCUUUGCGUUUCCUCACGGCCCACCUUAUAAAAUCCGCGGAUCUUUCCGUAAGGCCCAUUUUUCCCGCCCCACCAACCAUGAAUGCUUUCAAACUGUCCAUCUUCCUGGCUCUCUGUUCUUUUGCUGCAUCCUUGAAUAACCCCGAUUCUUCCACUCUACCGAGGCCUUUGAUCGUGGAGAACCCCCAGAGUCUCCUGGGCAGAGUCGUGGAUGUGGAGCAUGGCAGCGGGGAAGAAGACCUCAGGAUGCAUUGCCAGAGUUGGAGGUUCGGUGUUGAAACAAACAAUAUCCGAUCGUGGAAGACGGUCCCCGUGGAGUGCGCGGAUUAUGUGAAGAAUUAUAUGAUGAAGAGGGGUUAUGUUUAUGAUCUUGAGAUGGUCGCCAAGGAGGCCGGGAAUUACGCCAGAACCGUCCAAUUGGUCGGAGAUGGAAACGAUAUAUGGAUUUUUGAUAUCGAUGAGACACUUCUGUCGAAUCUUCCUUAUUAUGUUGAUCAUGGAUUUGGGCUAGAGGUUUUUGAUGGGAGCAAGUUUGAUAAAUGGGUGGAGUUAGGAAGUGCACCAGCCUUGCAGGCCAGCUUGAAGUUUUAUAAAGAGAUCCUCGACCUGGGCUUCAAGGUAUUCUUGUUGACAGGAAGAAGCGAAGAGCAGAGAGGUGUUACAGAGGAGAAUUUGAGAAGAUCAGGUAUUGAACGAUGGGAUCGGCUGAUACUGAGAGGAAAAGGUGAUCAUGGAAAGCCAGCAAUUGCAUACAAGUCGGAGAGACGGGUGCAGAUUGAAGAAGAGGGGUUCCGAAUUCGAGGAAACUCUGGUGACCAAUGGAGUGAUUUGCUUGGUUUGUGCAUGGCCAAUCGUUCCUUUAAGCUACCAAAUCCCAUGUAUUAUAUUGAUUGAAAUACUCAAUUCCUACCAAUAUUCUGAUGUAGGAAUCUCGGUUCUCCAUUUGUAACUUCUUUAUCAUCUUGUUUAUCUUGUAUUUAAAACUACAAACUACCCACCCUUGUGAAUGUGAAUUGUAAAGGAUCUUUGGAUGAAGGUAUUUGUCAAAUAAUAAAAUAAAUCGUAAGUGAGAGGGAGGGGUUAUUUUUAA